UGGAGCGGCGGGAGUGGCCGGGCGCGGGGUCACUGCUCGCCGCGGGGCUGGAGCCUCGGCCCGAGGCCGCGGCUGCCGCUCCUACCCCUCCUGGCGGCGUAGCCCUCCUCAGGGAGGCGGCCCACGGGAGCAGCUCCCGAGCCGAUGCUGCUGCCGGCCUGGGAAUUAUGGCUCUACGGGUUCCUCACCGUGGGCUCCCACCUCUACGCCUUCUACGAAGCGCACCAAGUGUCCCGAAAAUAUGAAGCUGUGAUGGACAGAAUGUUUGGGCUGGACCCAGGAACUCUCUUUUGGGGCCUCAAAAAGGAUCCCAUGGACUUUGAAUGGAGCUACUGGAUCGAAUGGGGAAGGGAACGUAUACUGUGGCUUCUGGCUGGUCACCUGCUGGUAUCACAAGUGUCCAGGCUCCUGGUGGAGAAGUAUAAACCAUGGUGCUUGAUGGUUUAUGGAAUGGCUGCCUGCUGGUUGUUACUGGGAAUCAAGGGCUUUGCUGUCAUUUUGUUACAUGCAGCUGUUUCCUUUGCUGUGGCUCAGUUUCAGCUGUCACUCCUGACGUGGUUGUGCUCCCUUAUCUUGCUGUCCACUUUACGCAUACCAACUGUGGAAGAAACCAAGAGGGAGUGGUACGACACUGAAAAUGAGUAUUAUCUGCUGCUCUUCACUGUGUCAGUCCGCUGCCUCUUCUGCACUAGCUUCAGCCUGGAGUACUGCUGGCAUGGACCUACCCAGAAGUCAUCCCACUCAUUCCCAUGGAUGCUGGCCUAUGUGUUUUAUUAUCCCACGUUCCACAAUGGACCCCUUAUGAAUUUUGAUGAAUUCAGUAAGCAGAUGAGGAGACAAGAAGCUUUCAGUGUGAAGAGUAAUCUCAGCAUCUUAAUCGUGGGCAUAAUUCGUAUUUUCUUUUGGUGGUGCUUGGCUGAGCUGAUGAUUCAUCUCAUGUAUAUCCAUGCUCUCUACAGUAGUGCUCUGCCUUUGGAAUCUGCAUCAUACUGGGCCUUGGGUGGCCUGGCUCUAGCUCAAGUACUGUUUUUUUAUGUGAAAUACCUGGUUCUGUAUGGUGUUCCUGCCCUUCUCCUUCAAAUGGAUGGACUCAAACCUCCAGCUCUGCCUUGCUGUGUGAGCCUGAUGCACAGUUUUACUAAAAUGUGGAGAAGUUUUGAUGUUGGGCUACAUCGCUUUCUGGUCAGGUACAUUUAUGUUCCAAUGGGAGGAUCUCAGUCCAGUUUGCUUGGAAUGCUAUUUUCUACAGCCCUCACUUUUGCCUUUGUAAGCUAUUGGCACGGAGGACAGAGUUAUUUGUGGUACUGGGGCGCACUUAAUUGGUUUGGAGUAAUUGUGGAAAAUGGCAUCAAGAGGAUACUUUCUAUUUCACUUAUUCAAGAUUUAAUUGAACGUUUCAUCUCGCCAAGAAUUCGUCGUCGACUUCAUGCUGUCCUAGCAUCUGUUAGCACUUCAAUGUUGAUUUUAUCAAAUCUAAUAUUUCUUGGAGGAAAUCAAGUUGGAAAAAUCUACUGGAACAGGAUCUUUAUGGAAG